UUGAACGAUAGGAACGACGACCCCCUCACAGUACCAUGAGUGUUAGAUUACGUCUGCACUGGCCGCUAGGUCGCAAUAUAGGCUUACAGAUGGCAGGUGGAGCAUAUCAAGUGUCUCUAUUCCAUUCGACGAGUUUCCUCCCAGAUAAAAGGGCGGCUCUAGGUCAAAAGAUCCUCAAUAAAGUCCCAAGCUUCCUCAAACCCUAUACGAUUAAUUUCAUUAAUAAGCCGAUAGCCAAUUUAACGUCUUUCUUAAUCCUCCAUGAGCUUACGGCCGUCGGGCCAUUGAUCGGAAUUUGGUACCUUUUCCACAAGUAUCAGAUUCUGAUUCCUCUUGACCUUCCCCAAUGGGCCAUUAGCAAGGGAACAAGAAUCAUCGAUGAUUCAAUGCAAUCGUUUAAUUUCGACGGGUUUUCACUUAACGAAAAGUUCCAGUUGAUUCUGGAAGGUGCCUAUGCCUUUGUGGUGGUGAAGAUGCUUAUGCCAGUGCGGGUGGUAUUGAGUUUUGCCUUGACUCCAGUGUUUACGCGAUUUGUGAUUGAACCAAUCCAAAGUGUGUUUAGUAAGAAGAAAAAGGAGCCUGAGCUGCCGGUGGUUGAUAAACCAACGGAGGUGAAGCCUAAGAGGGUGGAGAAACGGCGGUUGUAGCUUGUAAAUAGAGUAAAAAGAGUUAUAGGAGAAGAAAUGGCGACUGGACACAG